AUGGCGGCGCCCGCGCUGUACGGGCACGGCACAAGAUGGCGGCGCCCGUGUGGGAGGAGGCGCGCGAUGGCGGCGCCCACCGGCGCUGCGAGCCGGCCCAGCUCCUGCCCGCCUUCCGCCGAGCCUGAGGAGAGAAGCUGGGCGGGCUCUUCCAGGGGCCCGGGGUGGUUUCGGCUUCGCGCAGUUCCGCCGCUUCCGGCGUCUAUCGGGCUGUGCUCCCGGGGCACUGCGGCCCUGCCCCUGCUGAGCUCCCAGGCCUGGGCAGCCUCGGGGCCGGUCAAGCGUUGCUUGUUUGGGAUUUCUCACUUCUUUUUCUGCCCGAAAAAGAGCGGGGAAACAAGAACUCUAACAAAUACUGCAGGUUGCUCAGGGCUUUCAGGUGCUCCUCAGCCUCCUCUCCUGCCACGGCACAAAGCAGCUCCGUUUCUCCGUGUUUUUAGCAGUGGCCGGUUCCUGCCAGGGCUUCCAGGGGCCAGAGGUGCCAGUCCUGGUGGAAGUGUUGGGCACAGGAUGGUGUCGGUGUGGAUGGCGCUGGGAUGUAGCACCGGCCACUGCAAAGGGAUGGACUUCAGUGCUUUUGAUUAUGCUGUUUUAUUAAUGAACCUCAGAUUGGGACAGUUCAUCUCGCUGGCCUGGCAUACGUUGUUGCUCUGGAAGGAACGUCCCCCUCCAGCAGUAACGUCCCAGAGAGCUGCAGGUCAGGAAGCUGCAUGAGAGCGGUUACCAGCCCCUGCUGCCAUCCAGGCACUGGCAGAGUGCCCCAGCUCCCCGUGUGCUGUGGAGGGGGUGUGUCAGCCCCAGGGCCUCGGAGCAGCGGGAGGGAACAGCGAUGGAGCCAGCCCAGCCAUCUGCCAGGGCGGAGGGACCAUCGUGGUCUAAUAAAUGCCUCUGGCAGGCUCGGCCAUGAACAGAACCGCACCCCAGGAAAAGCCCUGUGUUCCUCUGUUUAUACAGGGCUGAUGCCAAACUCAGAGCUGUGUCAUCUGUCAGAGCAAUUUGUUCUCAAGAAGGGAAAGAGAAGUUGUUUUCUAGAAGGAGUGGGCUGGCUGUGACCGCAGAAGCACACUGAAGCCUGUAGCAGCAGGAACAGGAUUUAUUCUGCUGUGAUCCUCAUAGCAGUGGGGAGCUGGCACCAGGAAUAUGCAGGGACCACGAUACAAUGUGUUGCUCUCUGAGGAGCCCAGGUCAGGGACAGAAGAGAGUAAACAGGGCUGUGCGUGUGCAGCAGAAGUCAUCCUGCCAACACCCUGAAGAUUUUAUUACAAACCUAUCAGUGAUCCUGAAAAA